AUGAUGGACCGGGCUACAUUUAAUGUUAUUCACCUGGGCCUCGCCUUUUUCUGCCUAAUGUUCGCAUAUCAGUGCCAUGGCCACAUCGUCCUCUCCGUGAUCUCAAGCGUACGAAAUAGUACCAACGGCGUUUCAUUAGAUAAAAAUGCCGGUUUUUACAGCUCUUCAAUUAUUUUCGGCACCUACACCCUGGGCAAUUUUAUCGCCGCUCCGUGCGUUGAUUUCCUGGGCGCCAAGUGGGCGUUAAGUCUAGCCGCAAUUAUAUAUACGAUUUUCGUGGCGGGUUUCCUGCAUCUCAACGAGAUUUUCUAUUAUGCAUCGAGUGGGUGCGUGGGAUUUGGAGCGGCGCUACUCUGGACGGCCCAGGGAGUCUAUUUAACGCAGAAUUCGACACCGAAAACGUCGAAACGGAACAGUGGAAUGCUGUUCGCGAUUUUGGAUGCAAAUGUGAUCCUCAUCGGCGUCUUCCUGUACCUCACUUUUUCAAUGGAAGGUGUGGGACACGGAUCCGAUAAUCAUAUCUCCAAAAAGUCUGCGCAAAUGUUGUACAUCGUCCUCACGUCCAUGGGCGGACUAGGAAUUCUUACAUUUUUAUUUCUACGGCCAUGCGACGUAGUGAAGAAGCAGGAGGAAAAUUUCGGGACGAUAUUUUGUGAUACUCUUCGAUUAUUCCUGGAUCGCGAGAUGCUGCUCCUUGCCCUUCCAUUUGCAUGGACGGGUUUCCAGUCUUCAUAUUAUUCGGGUCUCUUCUCUACGUGUGUUGCUAAUACUUCUAAGCUCGGCUCCAAUAACGAGGUGAUGUUGGCGUAUGCUGUGUUGAGCGUCGGGGCGGGUAUUUUUGUAGCCGGUGUCCUCUUCAUGACGCCAUUGAGCAAAUCAUUAUCAAGAACACAAGGCAUUUUCAUCGGUUCCAUCGCUACGUUCUUUGCCUACAUGGCCCUAUAUGCAAAUUUGCCACCAGAGGUCAACCAGCGGAGAUCAGAUGCGGAUGGAUUUUUAAUGAGUCCGAACGCCUGGCUCAUCCUGGCUUCCGGUGCCCUCCUUUCGUUUGGUGGCACCUGCUGGAACAUUCAAAUUUUCUCAUUUCUGGUCGAACGAUUUGCGGCCUCAUCAAGCAAAGCGUGGGCGGUAUUCAAAUUUUACCAGGCAAUGGCCUCGUCCCUGUUCUUCUUCUACGCCCCUCACAUCGGCAUCCAAGCCCAUAUGAUCUUGUUAUUUGUCUAUCUAUUCUUGGCACUCUGUCUAUUUAUCUGGUUGGAAAGGCAUAUCAAAAAGCAAGAUACGCUGAACGCAAAAAUGUCGGUCAGCACGAAAACUACGCUGGCA